UCUGCCUGUAGGAUAGAGAGGGGGGCAGGUCACUCACUAGCUGAAGGCUUUUAAGUAUUUGACGGAAACACAGAUCACACAUCACAGAGAAGCAGAGGAAGACCUUGAACGAGCACACUUUACUCUGGAACAAAGCUACUGGGGUUUCCCUAUUGAUUCUGCCACAACAGACACCAUGGAUGACGAUAUAGAUCCCUGGCUCUUGAACAUUUCCAGUGAUGACAGCGAGGAGCAUGAGCGUUUCCUAAAGUUCAAGGGAGUCUUUCUGCCCUGCAUGUACCUGACGGUGUUUGUCUUUGGACUGGUAGGGAACUCCCUGGUUCUGGUUAUAUACAUUUUCUAUCAGAAGCUGAGGAGUCUGACAGAUGUGUUCCUGGUGAACUUGCCCGUGGCUGACCUGGUAUUUGUCUGUACUCUGCCCUUUUGGGCCUAUGCAGGCACCUAUGAGUGGGUCUUUGGCACGGUCAUGUGCAAAACUCUUCAUGGCAUGUACACAGUGAACUUCUACGUGUCCAUGCUCACUCUCACCUGCAUCACGGUGGAUCGUUUCAUUGUAGUGGUCCAGGCUACCAAAGUCUUUAACCAGCAGGCUAAGUGGAAGAUCUGGGGCCAGAUCACUUGCUUGCUCACUUGGGUGGUCUCCCUGUUGGUCUCUCUGCCACAGAUCAUCUAUGCCAGAGUUGAACGUUUGGACAUACACGUCUGUCAGUAUCACAGUGAGGCCAUUUCCACUGUGGUUCUUACCACGCAGAUGACCCUGGGGUUUCUCUUGCCAUUGCUCACUAUGAUUGUGUGCUACUCAAGCAUCAUCAAGACCUUGCUUCAUGCUCGAGGUUUCCAGAAGCACAAAUCUCUAAAGAUCAUCUUUGUUGUAGUGGCUGUGUUCCUGCUGACUCAGACCCCCUUCAACCUUGCCAUUUUAAUCAGGAGCACAAGCAGGGAGUACUAUAACAUGAUUAGCUUUCAGUAUGCCAUCAUAGUGACAGAGGCUAUAGCAUACCUUCGGGCCUGCCUUAACCCUGUGCUCUAUGCCUUUGUUGGUUUAAAGUUCCGGAAGAACCUCUGGAAACUUGCGAAGGACAUUGGCUGCUUUCCUUCCUUGGGAGUCUCAAGUCAGUGGAAGUCUUCUGAGGACAGUUCCAAGACUUGUUCUGCCUCCCACAAUGCAGAGACCACCAGCAUGUUUCAGUUGUAG